CCACGGAGUCCGGAAGGGAAGGGAUCGACCGCCGCUGUGCCCACCAAAUCUGGCUCCUGAGUCCUCUGUCUCUGCUCCUGGAAGCCUGAUUUACCUGACCACCCAACGUACUCUUCUGAAGAAGAAAAGCAGGCAUCGGAUCUGCAAGCCAGUAAAAAUCAGGACGGAUGGUGGAUCCUUCCAGACUCCUGAAUCUUCCUGACCUGGGCCCCUGGAGAAGCUUUGAUCAGCCACCUCCACUCUUCCAACCAUUUGGGAGAAACAAAGUUGGCCCAACUUUUGAGAAGCCAAUUUAAAAUCCCACAUCUCCAGGACUGAACUAGGCAAGUGGCCUCCCGGUGCACAGCUGUGCACAGGUGAUGCCAGGCAAGGCGUGAAGCCUGGAUUGGACCAUCGUCUCCUAGGAUAUAGCCCAGGAGAAAGGUGGAAAGUUGACUUCACUGAAGUGAAGCCACACCGGGCAGGGUUUAAGUGCCUCCUGCAGUUGGCAGACACGUUUUCUGGAUGGACGGAGGCUUUUGCCACUGUGAAUGAGACUGCCACUAUGGUAAUAAAGUUCUUACUCAAUGUAAUUAUCCUUCACUAUGGAUUGCCUGUUGCCAUUCCACUGAUAAUGGGCCGGCCUUCACCUCGUCCAUAGCUCAGUCAGUCAGCAAGGCAUUAAAUAUUCAGUGGAAGCUCCAUUGUGCCUACCGGCCCCAGAGCUCUGGACAAGUAGAACACAUGAAUUAUACCUUAAAAAGUACUCUUACCAAAUUAAUCCUGGAGACCGGUGAAAAUUGGAUAAAGCGCCUUCCUUUAGCCCUUCUUAGGGUCAGGUGCACUCCUUACAGGGUGGGAUUCACUCCUUUUGAGAUUAUGUAUGGGAGGGCCCCACCUGUUUUGCCUAAAUUAAGGAGUACCCAGUUAGAAAUAUCCCAGGCUAACUUGUUACAGUACUUGCAGUCUCUCCAAGAGGUUUAAGGUAUUAUCCAGUCACGUGUGGGAGGCACACCCUAAUCUGGCUCCUGAUCUGACAGGACCCUGCCACCCUUUCUGUCCAGGUGACCUGGUGUAUGUCAAAAAGUUCCAGAAGGAGGGUCUGGUCCCUGCUUGGAAAGGACUUCACACCGUCAUCCUUACUACACCCACGGCCCUAAAGGCGGACAGUAUUCCUGCCUGGAUUCAUCACUCCCGCAUCAAGAAGGCGUACGAGACACAGCAAGAAACAUGGGUCCCCAAGCAUGGGCCAGGCCCCUUAAAACUCCGUCUGAGUCAGAUGCAGCCAUCAGACUAGUUCUUUGGGUCUAUGUUUCCUGUCUGUUCCUGGUCAUUCAGCCCUCAGCCCCCUCCUACUCUUUUCUCCUUACUUCCUUUGCAUCGGACAGAGUGCUUGCAAACAUCACCUGGAAAGACGGUACCUCCAAUGAAGUUUCCUUUUCAAUCGAUUUGUGUUUUGUUCCCAAAGCCCAGCCGUUCCCUCGAGGACCAGCAAAGUUUGCCCCUGUGGACAGGAGCGGGAAUUGUUGACCUUGCUGCAGGAUUUGGACACAUCGGAAGUGAAAGUGGAUGCGGCAGCUUGGAGGGUGCAGAAAUGGGACUCCAACAAGUGGAUUUCUACCUCUGUCCUGGAGACCACCCUCACACUACCUGCCGGGGUAGUUAUAAGUUUUUCUGCCCUUCUUGGUCAUGCUUAACUUUGACUACUUACCCGGGAGGGCCGACCUGGUCUCCAAUCCUUUCCAUAGCCCGAACCUCUCGUCCUGAACUGUGUACCAUGGGAGCCUGUAAUCCCAUAACUAUGACUGUUCAUAACCCUAACUCUGUUCAAUGGCACUACGGUAUAACAUUGGGACUGCGACUCUAUAUUGGAUGGUUUGAUCUUGGAACUACGUUUACCUUUCAGAAGAGGGUCUUGAUCCCCUGGAGCCCCCCUAAACCCACAGGUCCUUUAACUGAUUUAGGGGACCCUAUGUUCCACCCACACGCAGAUAAGGUCAGCCCCACUGGCCCAACUGCCCCAUUGCCAGUCCAGGCUCCCCAACUCCGACUGCAACCCCAGCACCUCCAACCCAGCUUAAUGUCCGUCUUAGGAGGAGUACAUCACCUCCUUAAUAUUACUCAGCCUAAGAUGGCCCAAGACUGUUGGUUGUGCCUGAAGGCCAAACCUCCAUAUUAUGUUGGAUUGGGAGUUGAGGUUAAGUUAAAGCCUGGUCCUCUUUCGUGUCGUGCCUGUCCUCACUCCGUUACAUUAGGGGAUGUUUCAGGAAACGUCUCCUGCCUAGUCAGUUAGGGGUACAACCUAUCUGCUUCCCCCUUUCCAGGUCACCUGUAAUCGGUCUCUGCCUACUUCCCUAACUACUUCAGUCUCCCACCAGGCACCAAAUAACACUUGGCUGGCUUGCACCUCAGGCCUCACCCGCUGCAUUAAUGGGACUGAACCUGGACCCCUCCUGUGCCUGCUAGUUCAUGUACUUCCUCAGGUUUAUGUCUACAGCAGACAGAGGGACAGCUUCUCAGUGCCCCUCCUGAACUGCACCCCGGAGUGCGCUGAGGUGCCCCUCUCCUAGUCCGCCUUUUGGCUGGCCUCAGUGUGGCUGGGUCAACAGCAAUCAGCACAGCAGUACUAGUCUGAGGAGAAACUGGACUGGAUUCCCUAACCCAACAAGUAGAUGCUGAUUUGAGGAAUGUCCAGUCAGCCAUAACUAUACUGCAUGCCCAGGUUGAUUCCUUAGCUGAAGCAGUCCUCCAAGGCCGCCGCGGCCUGGACCUGGUGUUUCUCUCCCGAGGGGGUUUGUGUGCGGCGUUGGGGGAAAGCUGUUGUUUUUAUGCUAACCAGCCUGGAGUCAUAAGAGACACUCUUCAAAAGGUUCAAGGAAAUUUAGAUAGACACCAACAGGAAUGAAAAAGUAACACCCCAUGAUACCAGGGCAUGUUUAACUGGAACCCUUGGCCGACUACUUUAAUGACUGGAACAGCAGGACCUCUUCUCCUCCUCCUGUUGGGAUUAAUUUUUGGGCCCUGUCUAUUAAAUUGGUUUAUUAAUUUUGUAAAAUGGGGCAUAGCAGCUGUCAAACAUAUACGUCUUAGACCCCAGUAUAACCCUCUCACUGUAACUGAGCAAUCAGUGAUUUGAUUCCCCAAAACACACAAGUGGGGAAUGUGAUACCCUGUUUUUUGCCAGCUACAACUAACUCUCCUUUUCCUGACUCAAAGCUGUUAAGGCUUUAUGUUAGCUUCUUGAGCUGGACAGACGCCAUCUUAGCUUCUUGAUUUUAGUAACCUUCUCCCCACUAAGUAUGUAACUAUAGUAUAAAGCAAGGUCAGACUGACUCUGGGCACCCAGGAAUGCCUUUGCUGAUAAGAGGCUGAGUUAAGUGGUGUCAGCAGAGCCAGGAAACGCAGCUGCAGUGAGCGUCCCAAGCCCCCUUGUCUAUAAGUUGUAUGUCUUCCAUGACAGCUGCACUCCUCACACCUGGCACUGUUUCAUUUCUUAUGUAUCAGUUUUUCUUUCUAACUUUUUGCUUACUCUGCCUUUGUGAAAGCUUUGUUUCAACUAAGUUCCCCCCUUCCUGUUAAAACUAGUGUAAAAAAGACCACCUAUCUUUUUCUUUGGGGCCGGGAGAAUUUUGGGCGUUAGCCGCUCUUGGUCGCCGGCUUAAUGAAGGACUCAUAAUUCAUUCUCAGAGUGUGGCGCAUUCCUUGACUCACUCGGGUACAACAGUGUGUAUACUGUA